ACGCUAAUGAAUCUAGUAAAAGUAUGCGAUAUGCAUUUGAGGAAGUUGUUAUUUGGGGAGCGCUAACACUAAAGUGAAAACCACUUCCGUUGGUCUACCACACAGGGCCUUUAAAAAUGUCAUCAGUGAUAGCUUAAGCAAAAGUUACGCUGGAGAGAGUUCAGUCUGACCAUCAAUUCCGACCAUUACAGUCGUGCCGAAAGCUAGUUAUCUUACUGGGUUAUUCAAAGGUACUAUGGCUAAAGACAUAUAUGUAAAGAAUGUAUGCAUCAUAAUUGGAUUUAUUGUAGUACUAUGCUGCAAAUCUAAUAAGGCUGACACAAACAAUGAAAACACUAGUCAAGAUGAAUCAAUGGGAGAUAUAGAUAUACAUACCAGAGGGAUGGAGGUGAUACGUAGCGUUGGGCGAUUGGUAGAUUUGGUAGAUGAAAUUGGAGCAAGAAGUCAUAGGGCGUUAAAAAGAAAUCAGGAUUUUGCAUUGUAUAGUGGACAAGGGAAAUCUACAGAUAACCCUUUUAUACUACAGGGUUGGAGAAGAAAAAGGAGAAGCACCCCAAAUGGAAAUAUUAUGGAUAUAACUUUUCUAAAGGAUUUUGAUCAAGAGGAACAAAUAUUCAAAACAACUUUCCAGGAAUUUGUAAAUUCACUUAAAGAGAUACACAAUGAAUUUGCCCAGCGGCUUGCCAUCAGAACGGAUUGACCUAUAAAAUAAUGGUAUGAUUUUGCAUUAUCGGAACUCUUAUUCCUGUAAUGUUUAAAGCAAAAUGACGAAAAUGACUUCAACAAAAAACAAGUUUUUAGAUAAUUAGUGUCGUCGGAAUUUUAUGCACAAUAUUUUUGUAACUUUUAAGACACGACAGAGAUUGAUAAUGUCAUAAUAUCUCACAUGAUAAUACAUAGCGGUAUAAAAUACACGAAAGGCUCACAAUCUUGUUUUUCAAUGUUAACGUUUUUGAAUAAAUAUGUAAAAUG